AUUAAAUAUCACGAAAAUUAUAUCAAGAUGUUGAAUAAAUUUAAACAAAAAAUUAUUUUCAUCAUACAUAAACCAUUAGUAUUGACUUGUCUGGGUGAAUUCUUCGGUACAUACAUUUUAAUGACCAUUGGUCUUGGUACUGUGAUGCAACGUGUUCUGCGACAUCAAUUCAGUGACAGUAAUGAUAAAGAUUAUAGUUAUUUAACUCUACCGACUGGAUGGUCUACAGCAUUCAUCCUAUCUCAAAUUAUUUCCAAUAUAAUCGGUUAUGGUAGUAUGAAUCCAGCGACAACCUUGUCAUUUACAAUAAUCGGUAGAAUCCCGCUGCACUACUUAUUACCACUGACUACAGUUCAGUUGAUUGGAUCCUUCUGCUCCAGCUUAGUUCUAUUUAUAACCUAUCGUGAAAGUAUUACCGAUGGCAAUAAAAACUGUCUUCCUUCUGCUGCUGCUGAUGACGACGAUAAUGAUGGUGGUAAUCGUAAGCAAUGCAUGAAUACAAAUGUCAUCAGUUUAUUUGUACUGACACCAUCUGCAUCACAUUAUGUCUGUUUUAUUGAUCGUGUUUUUGUGAGUACGCUUACUACACUAUUUGUUUUAUUAUUACGUGAUAAAGGAAGCCAUAAAGUAUCUCGGCGAUAUCGAUGUAUUUAUAUGGCAAUAUUUACAAUUGGUCGAAUAGGUGCUUUGUCAAUGAAUGCUGGGACUUCAGUGAAUCCAUCACGUGAUUUAGGCCCAAGAUUGGCUAUUGCUAUUUGUGGUUGGGGAUUAAAUGCCUUCAAGGCGAAUAAUUAUUAUUUUUGGAUACCAAUUGUAGCGCCGUAUUUAGGUUCAAUUAUUGGUGCAAUUCUAUACAAAGUGACUCAUUUUCAAUGUCAAUUAGAAUAA